AUGAGACAUAAAGAGAAAUUGUUGACAGCCUCUAGGUGCAUUCUGUUGGUGGGUUUCGUGGGCUACUACCUUAUGGGGGCAAAGAUAUUUCAAGCAUUGGAGAUGGACACUCAGGAAGACUUGAAAAAUACCUUUUGGGAUGCCAGACAAGCUUUAUUGAAAAACUAUGUUAACAUAACUCCAGAAGAACUUGAAAUCUUUUUGCAGAAGCUGAUUUUUGCUGUAAAAUAUGGAGUUUUCCCCAUAGUAAAUGGAACGAUUUAUGUUAGUUGGGACUUAAAAAACUCUUUUGGAUUUGUGGCAUCAACACUAAGCACAAUAGGUUAUGGGAUAAUUGCUCCCAGAACUCCUAUGGGCCAGAUGUUCUGUGUCUUCUAUGGUUUAUUGGGGAUUCCUCUAACACUUAUAUUCCUAAAGUUUUUGGGUAAGACAAUAUCACAACCAUUUUCAGGACUUGGUACAUACCUUCGGAAUAAGGGACUGACAGAGAGACAAAUUAAAAUUUGCAUAUUCACCUUUUUCUCGGUAACUGGAGUUAUCAUUUUCAUCCUGAUACCACCAAUAGUUUUCAAGUAUAUGGAGGGCUGGUCAUACAAUGAAGGAUUGUAUUUUGCAUUUAUCUCCUUAAGUACCAUUGGGUUUGGUGACUAUAUACCUGGUAUAAAAACUGCUGAGACGUACUCACCAUUGUACACAGUAUUUUUGGUACCUUGGUAUGCCUUUGGUCUUGCUUGGAUUGCUCUUCUGUUUAAUUUGUUUUCAAAACUUUUGGAAAGAACUAAUACAAAGCUCAACUGCAAACAGUUAUGUCAGGAUGAAAAAAUAACGUCUAUAAACCCUUCUUUACCUUUCUGGCAUACGAAAGCAUCUCCAACUCCUUUGAGGAAUGGAUGCGUCUCUGAAGAAAUUCAGUGCACCGGAAGUAAGGAUAUCUACAUUCUGGCAAUGACCCCCUUCCGGCCAUCUAAAAGCAAAUCUCACCAGUCAUUACAGCUUUAUCCGAGUGCAUUCUCAGAUAUUAAUGAAUACGUUAAGGCCAUAGCAUUACUGAGACUAGUCUCUAAAAUGAGAGACCAAACUAAAGAGUCAGAAGCAAAUGGCUCUGAAGGAAAUAUAGAUGGUUCACAGAAAAAGGGAGAACCCAAUCAGUCUCCGGAGAAUCUUCAUGAAAACAUUUCUUCUUAA